UGUGCCCUCAUUACGUGCACUUUGUCUGCUUCCACUCUACUCGGCAGCGGAUGCGGAUCAUCGCGGUCAUCAGGAGAGCUUGAGAGCAAGAGAGAGAGCGAGAGAGAGAUAGAGAGCAACUAGAGAAAGCAGCAGAGGGAAAGAAAGAGGAAUAAACAGAGGGAGGAAAUAAAAGGGAAGGAGAAAAGGACUAAGAGAGACGCAGGGAUCAUCUGCUUUAAUAUUCUGCCGAUCGCAGCUUCCCCGAAGUGAUGGCUGCUCACAGGUUGGUUCUGAUCCGGCAUGGCGAGAGUACCUGGAACCAGGAGAACCGCUUCUGCGGCUGGUUCGAUGCCGAUCUGUCCGACACCGGCAUCCAGGAGGCGGCCAGAGGGGCUCGGGCUCUGAGUGAAGCCGGUUACCAGUUCGACAUCUGCUACACCUCGGUGCUGAAGCGGGCCAUCCGAACCCUCUGGGCGGUGCUGGAGGGCAUCGAUCAGAUGUGGCUCCCUGUGGUCAGGUCCUGGCGGCUCAACGAGAGGCACUACGGGGGUCUGACCGGCCUCAACAAGGCAGAGACGGCGGCCAAGCACGGAGAGCAGCAAGUGAAGAUCUGGAGGAGAUCCUUCGAUGUCCCCCCGCCUCCUAUGGAAUCGGACCAUGACUUCUACUCCAUCAUCAGCAAGGAUCGUCGCUAUGCCGACCUGUCUGAGGACGAGCUUCCCUCCUGCGAGAGCCUGAAGGAUACGAUCGCCCGAGCCCUGCCCUUCUGGGACGAGGAGAUUGUGCCGCAGAUUAAAGCUGGAAAACGGGUGCUCAUUGCAGCUCAUGGCAAUAGCCUGAGGGGGAUUGUCAAACAUCUGGAAGGCAUGUCCGAGGAAGCCAUCAUGGAACUGAACCUCCCAACGGGAAUCCCCAUCAUGUACGAGCUGGACAAGAACCUGAAGCCGGUGAAGCCCAUGCAGUUCCUGGGAGACGAGGAGACUGUGAAGGCAGCAAUGGCCGCUGUGGCAGCUCAGGGCAAAGCCAAGAAAUGAAGAGUGACACAGAAAGAGGGCAGAUGCAAGUAUGAAGAUCAGAAGAAUUCCACGAUAUAGCUUCUUAAAAGAAAAAAAGUAUAUAUAUGUGCUUGGGGAAACAUGGCAGCAUAUAACUCUCAGUUAUCACUAGUGAAGAAUUGUAUUUCCCAUCACUCACUGUGCUUAUUGAGCAUGCUCAGUGGGUCCUUUUCAUCUCCUGCAACCCUAUUUCACUCUCCCCCAUCUGGGUCCUCCCUCCUCCUCCCCAUCUCUUACUUCUAGUGACUUGUGUUGGAUUUGUACACUUGGAGCCAAUUUUCAUUGUGAGUGUGAGCAGUAAAGUGUGAUGCCGCUCCUCCGUGCAUUUCAUUUAA